AUGCCUCCUUCUCCCAAGGAACCCGCGAGCAUGGACGAUGUCCCCGUCGAGUUUGCCAAUGUCAUGGGCAUUCCUGUCGCUCCCUACGGUCAAGCUGCUACGCCUAAGGGAACUCCUUCGACCCAGCACGCUGGAGGAACUCCUCUGCCGACAGACCACAGCAUGGCCAAGUUCAUGAAAGAAUACCAAGCCACGCAAGCCGAAGAACUCGCUCUCGCUCAUGUCUUGGGUCAAGACCCCACUCACUCGCAAGCCAAGCAACUCGCAGCAGAGCGACGCCAGGAGGCCCUACGUGAGGCCGAUAAGCGUGUUGCUGCUCGGGAGGCCCUCCUCGGCGAAACCGAGGAGCAGCAGAAAGAACGCCGACAAUUGCGCGACAAGGCCUCUGUAGGAGAUUACACUUACGAGCCUUUUGCGUCCCUCGAGAUCAACCGCCAGUACGCUCAGGAUCAUCUCGACAAGGAGGCUCGUCGCGAGCAUGCGAGACAAAAGCGGAAGGCCAUGGUGACUCGCCUGAUCGGUCCAGAGGAGGCUCGCGAAGCGGCCCUUCAGAACACUGCCACGAACGCCGAAGACUCUCAGUACGAGCAUGAGGAAGACGCCUCCACCUCCCACGUUGAUGGAAACGAUGACUUCAUCGUCAAAAUCACCGACUCGACGGAUGCUCGUGACCUCGCGGACCAGGCACUUCGCAUGCGUUACGAUGAUAAUGGUGUGCCGCUUUCCAGGAACGAUUCUGGCAAAUUCCCCUGCCUCCUUGCUCAUGACGGGCAUUUCGUUGUCCCUUAUGAUGAAGCCCAUGUCGCCAAAAUUGGCAACGUGUCGACGAACGGUUUUCGUACUCUCAUCCAGUACAAAUGCCCAGAGUACGGAUAUGGCGAAGUCGUCAUCAUGUACGGUCUUUCUCUCCGCAACAAUAUGCACUGGUUUGCUCGAAGCACGAUCUUCUUUCGUGGCAUUCCGGCUCGCCCUGAGCUCGCUCAUCUUACGCCAGAGCAAACUCGGGAGCGCUUUCCUAACGCCGACGUUCUUGAACUGCAGGCAGCCUUCCGCGGUACCUUUGCAGUGCGCAAAGGAAAACAGAUCCUCAAGUUCGACAAUGAGGAGGCUCGUACCCUGUUGGCCUGCCCAAAGAAAGACAUGUUCAUGAAGAUCUGCACUACGCUUCGAGAUAUGUGGCAACAGGAUGAGGUUCGUCUCGAGCUCUUCAGCGAUCCGGCUCUCCCUGGCGCCGCCCAUACCUUCUCGCGGUUUCAGCACUCUUGGCAUGCCCAAUUCCUCGACGACCCUCUCGAACCUCUCUUCCUAGGCUGCCCAAAGAAGCGCAAAUUGGACAUUGGCACCAUGCAGGACGAUAUCAUCUUUGAUCACGCAGAACCUGCGGUGAACUACUUCCAGAGUGUGGACCAUCGUGCGGCAGUUCUCGCCUACGGUGCCAAGGCAGAGUUCGAUUACGAUAGUGCCAUCGCGACAGAGCUCGUUGACAAGCCUUGCAAGGCAGUAUUUUUUCCCGCGCAUCCCACCGACAAAGACGAGCCUGUUCGCCACUACUAUGUGGUUGUGAACGAGCCCGAUGGUUUGGAGCUCAUGCCAGUUGUCGGAGAGUCCGUCCGUUUCUCCAUCCAAUCUCAUCCCAUCACCAUUCCCGCCCCACCUGAGAGUGAAUUCAGUCAAGUCGAGAUCCAGACUCGCAUCCAGGACCACAUCCUCAAGGCCUAUGGUAAUGCCGCUCAUGAACAUGACGAGAACCAGGCCCGAGCCACGGUUGUUAUGGCGUUCCUGGACAUCUUCAAUGGACCAGAGAAUCUCGCUCGACAGUUUGCCGAGACCUCGGCCACAAACAUGACUCGCCGUCUCAAGAUCCCCGGCACAGAGACCGAGGAAGAGAAGCCCGCCGAGACCAAUACUGAGUACGACGAGCGGGUCCUGGAGUUCGUCAAGGGCGGCAUGGAAGACAAUACACUCAAAGCUCCUGAGUUUGACAAUUCUCCAGCUACACCCUACUGGCAUGCAACUCGGAUUGAGCCUCCACUCCAGCUGGCGGAAAUGCCGGGUGUCUUUCUCCUCGCCAAUGUUCCUCGGCAUCCCAAAUGGCCGAAGAAAUCGCCUCUCACGCGCCCUCUCCUGGACUUCUCCAAGAUUCGACGGGUUCCUUUCUUCUCCACUGUUGACGGCAUGGUGCGAGCAGCACAGAAGAACCCCAGGCUAUCCGAGACGAUCACCAUUCUGCGCAGGACUCAGAAUGACACCCUCAAGGCUGAACUUGACGGUAUCAAGUUCGCAGGCACGCAGGCCUCCGUCGACGACCUUACCUUUUCCAAAUGGUGCCUCGACUUUCAGCAGGAGCCGCCUUCUCAUAACAUCGCAUCCCUCUUCCCAAUGAUUGGCAGUGUGAUUGAUGCAGUCUCUAGCGGAAGGUCCCCUGAGCCAGGCAGCCUUCUCCAAAAGUUCGUGAAGGAAUUCAAAGCACUCGAUGAUUGCCAACGCAGCGCAGUCAUGUCCCUCAAGAAUGCCCCCUUCGGCUGGAUCAACAUCCUCGGUGUACCUGGAAGCGGAAAGACUCGCCUUGUUCUUUUCACGAUUCUCGCUGCACUGGCCGAGGAGUUUGAUCCGGACAAGGCCAAAGACACUGUGCAUCAUCCCUCUGAUCUUAUGUCCGAGGUAGAAAAGGAGAUUGCUCUUCGGAAUGAGGAUGAAGAUAAGAAAGACGCUUCCGCCCUUGAAGCUCUUGGUCAAACCUCGAUGGGAUCCGGCGGUUGGACAAGGGGCGGCAAUUCGAACGAGUAUCGGACCAAGACUGCCCCACGCCGUCCCAAGAUCUGUAUCGUUGGCAACAACAAUACACAGCUCAACUUUUUGGCUGAUCGUGCAGCCAAAUAUGCCGAAAAGCUUGGCGUCAAGGCCAAAAUUGUCCGCCUCAAUUCCUGGAUGCGUGAGGAGAAGUUCCUCAACAAUGUCAACCGCCAAGACGAUGCCGUAUCCUUCGCUGACCUCGUCUCGUCCAACGUCGAGCUUCAGAAAAUGUACCGCGACCUCGAGGCCAAUGGUGUCUUCAACAAGACCUACUACGGCGACGGUCGUGGCGUUGCGGAGAUUGUUUCUGCCAAAGUCGUCGCAAACCAGGCAGCAUACGGGUCACUUCUUGCACACCGCGACAGUAUGUUCAACGACCCAGACUUAUUCGACGAGAACAAGGCCGAGUACAAACGCCAGUGCGAGGAGCUUCUGGUACAGACCGUCGAGGAAGCCGACAUAUUGUUCGCCACGCCCGUCGCUCUGCACAAGUACAAGAACGGACACGAUCUCCCGAUCGACAUUAUUGUCGUCGACGAAGCCAGUCGCAUGGAAGAGGGUCUGUUGCUAUCAGUACUAGCUUGUGCCCCCGACCAUGUCUUUGGUAUGCUUGAUGGAGAUCCUGCUCAAAUCAAUCCCUUGGCCAAAUCCUCAUCCAGCCACGAUAACAAAGACGAGACACUGCGUUUCGUCAGUGCCUUUGCCCCUCAGUUAAAGGUGUCUUUUCAGCAACGCUGGGCAAAUUGUGGAGCUCCGGUCCUGUACCUCAAUAACAACUUCCGCGCCAAGGGUGGUCUUGUCAGCCUUCCAUCCAAGCAGUUCUAUAGGGGACGCAUGGUCGCAGGACACCCUCAGCCGUCUAAUGACCCCGUCACGCUGGGGGUUCGACGCUUCCUGACCCACUUGAGGCGCGAAGCCCCGAGGGGUUCACGGCUCCUUAUCUCCCUGCAAGGGGAGGAUGAAGUUCCGCUUGGCACCAGCUUCACCAACCCUGCUUCGGCAAUCUACAUACGCGAACUCGUGGCGGACAUCUUCAGGCAUAACCUUUGUUCAAAGCUCCCAAGCACCGAGCAAGAUGGCCAGCGCAUGUCCAUCAUGAUCAUCACUCCCUACUCAGGUCAACGUCUGCUCAUUCGCCAAAAGCUGCGUGGCCUGUCCUCCAAGGAAUGGGUCCCUGAGCUCGUGUCGGUUCGUACUCACUUCACCUCGAUGGGCGACGAGGCAGACUUUGUCAUCAUCGACAACGUGCGAUCCUCAGGUGUUGGCCAUACAGGCCAAUCCAAUAUUAUCAACACCAUGGACACUCGGGCCCGACAUGCAACCGUCUGGAUCCUCAGCGGACCGAUGCUGAAACGGAGCAAGAACAAGAACCAGACCAAGUUGUUCAAGUACUUCACUUGGCACAAAGAGCAGAACGCCGUUCUGGAAGUCCGAGGCGAACACUAUGUAGACCUUUGCACGACCUGUUAUCAGACUCACAAGGGCAAGUGCAAGACCAAGCCUCGCUGCUCCAAUUGUGACAGGCAGCACCAUGUCCGCAACUGCCUGCAAGAUGUCACCAGCCCGCUUACAGAGCUUGUGCCUUACACGAUUGAAGGAACCUCAGACUCGCUGAAAGAACAGCCCUCGACCCAGGGCAUGACCUCAAGUAGGCCCAAGAAGCGAGGCGCACGUACUCGUGCAGAGAUGCGAGGCCUCUCGGUCGACCGACCCACAGCAGACAAAGCUCUCACCCCCCGGCAACAGAAAAUCAUGACCCUCGCCGACGAGUACCGCGGUAGCACCUCUAUUGCUGAUGUCCGUGCAGGUAUUGGCUGCCCGGAGGACAAUUUGUCGGUUCCGUGGAAGAAAUGUCUCCCCUGUGGCAAACCCCGACCGGCUCGAAACUUCGACGAAGCUUCCGACACCUGCAAGACCUGCAAAGGAGACACUGAGACACCGAAGCACCGCGUUUGCAUGAACUGUGGCAAGGCUACUCUUGACGAGGAGUUCGUUGAUGCUCAAACCAAGCAAGAGUAUUGGCAGUGCCUGUCGUGCCGUGUCACCAUGGGAGGCACUUGCGAGAGGGUGCUCGUCAUCGAGACGGACGAGCAUAUGAUCCUUAUCGACACCGUUCCUGGCAAACCAAGCCAGUGUUUCGACAGCGUCCUGUUCGAUAACGACGGUUCCGAGAUCAUGAGACCCCAAUGGAUUCCCAACCGGAACUGGGACGGUGUUUGGCACAGGGAUUUGGAAUUGGAUGAUUUGGAGACACCAUACAAGCAGCCCGCUGAGGGUCCUGGAGAGAAUGCUCCCGAGAAACGCUCCCACUACGAGGAUACCCAGCCGCUUCAGCAGCCAGAGGAAGACAAUUCGCUUCAGCAGUCGCAGGAUGAGUCGGUUCAGCACUCGCAGGACAAGUCGGCUGAGGAGCCACAGGAGGACAAGUCGGCUGAGGAGCCACAGGAGGACAAGUCGGCUGAGGAGCCACAGGAGGACAAUUCGGCUGAGGAGCCACAGGAGGACAAUUCGGUUCAGGAAUCGGAGGAAGACGAGUCGGUCGUGCCCCGGGAGCAAGACAACUCGGUCGAGCCUUGGGAGCAAGGCGGGUCGGGUCCGGCCACUGUUUGGUGA